AUGCGCUUCACGGCCCUGAUCUUUGCCGGCGCCUUCGCCGUUGCCAGCGCCCAGACCUCCGUGUCAGCCCCCGCGUCUUCCGAGGCCGCUUCCUCGUCCGAGGCCGCUACAGCCACGUCGGCUGCCCCUGCCCCGCAGACCUCUGCCGACAGGUGCCUCGCGGCCUGCGCCCUCGGGGACGUUGUGUGCAAGUCCCACUGCAUCACCGUCCCCGCCCCCGACACCAGCCAGGUCAACGCCACCACAAACUGCGUCGCCGCCUGCCCCCAGGGUGACGGUAGCAAGGAGCAGACUGAGCGCUACGCUGCCUGCCAGAGCGACUGCAUCAGCAAGCACUACUAUAACUCGUCUGCCGGCACCCCCAAGGCCACUGGCGCCGCCGGUGGUGAUUCUGCCAACGGCGCCCCUGCCUCGAGUGGUGCCGCGGGUGCUUCUCCUACCGCUGGCAGCAACUCUGCUGGCUCUGACAGCGGCGAUUCUACUGCCACCGACUCCAGCGGCUCGUCCGCCACUGCCACCGGCGGGUCUUCUGCUACCUCUACCUCUGGCUCCGGCACUCGCGCUGGUUCCGGUUCCGGCUCCGGCUCCCGCAACGGUUCUUCGUCUUCGAGCUCCUCCGCUCUCGCCCCGGCUGCCACCGCUGCUCCCGCCGCUAUCCUGGGUAUUGCCCUCGCUGUUCUCGCUCUGUAA